GCCUAGCCUAGCCAUAAGUCAUUGUGUUCACAGAUCUGGUUAGAAGAUGAAGUUGUUAACAUGGAACAUAAACGGAAUCCGUGCCAGUAAAGUGGAGUUGUCUUCAUUGUUCAAUUCUCUUGAUGCAGAUGUAAUAUGCCUCCAAGAAACAAAAGUCACAAGAGACAUGCUAGAUGAGCCCACAGCAAUUGUAGAAGGCUAUAAUUCCUACUUCUCAUUCUCAAAGAAACGCAGUGGAUAUUCUGGUGUGGCGACAUUUUGUAAAAGUUCUGCGACCCCAACAGAAGCCGAGGAAGGUCUGUAUAAAGAUCUGAACCCCAAAGUGGACGGAAAAGUGGGUCACUAUGGUGAUGUUAGUGAGUUUUCCAGUGACGAGUUAGAGGCUCUGGAUUCAGAGGGCAGGGCAGUCAUUACCAAGCACAAAAUCAGAAAAAGAGAUGGACAAGAAUCGGAGUUGGCCAUUAUCAAUGUGUACUGUCCCCGCGUGGAUCCUGACAGGGAGGACAGACUCCUGUAUAAACUCCGGUUCUUUGCUCUCCUGCAGACCAGAGCAGAGGCACUUCUCAAGAGUGGCUGUCAUGUUAUUGUUCUUGGCGACAUGAACGUCAAACACAAGAGUAUUGACAUGAGUGAAGAAGAUGAAAUUGGAACGGUCACCAAGCCGAGUCGGGUGUGGGUGAACCAGUUUGUUUGGGACGGUGACAGAGAUUCCAGUAUUCCAGCUGUGGAGAACAGGGAAGAGUUCGCGGGCACCACCAGUUUUGUGAGUGGUGGUCUCUUUGUGGACUCCUUCAGAUAUUUGUAUCCAGACAAGGAGGGAGCUUUCACCAACUGGUGUACACUGACCUCAGCCCGAGAAACAAACUAUGGCAGACGCCUUGAUUACAUCUUCACCGAUAUACAGAUGGCAAAGAGUGAUUUAAAGGACUGCAUUAUUAUGUCAGAGGUUGAAGGAUCAGAUCACUGCCCAGUUAAAGCUGAAUACUUCUCAGAAUUCAUACCUUCUGAUAGAUGUCCUGCACUAUGUACCAAGUACAUGCCAGAGUUUUGUGGAAAACAAGUCAAACUCUCAUCGUUUUUUAUAAAGAAGGAAAAGACCAAUGAAAAAGUAGAGGUCUUUUGCAGCCAGACUACCUCUACUGACACUGACACAUCUGUAACUACAGGGGAUAAUGGAGGGAAAAUGUCAUCUAAACGAACAGGUGCUGAUGAAAAGUUGGGAAAUCAGGCCAAGAGAAGAAAAACUGAGUCAAGUGAUAUCAAACAAGGAAGUCUAAAGGGAUUUUUUCUAAAGACAAGUUCAAAAAAGGAGAUUAUAGACCUUAACAUUCAAAAGUCUACCAGUAAUACAAAUGAAGAGAUACAAACCACGGAGAUAGGAAUAAAACUAGUGGAUGAUGUAACAAUCAAAAACAACUCGGCAAGUGCUUGGAAAAGUCUCCUUAAAGGGCCACCCCCUCCCCCAUUGUGUAAGGGACAUCAGGAAGUCUGUGUGUUACGGACCGUCAAAAAGCCUGGACCAAAUAAAGGCAAACAGUUCUUUGUGUGCGCCAGAGGGGAGGGGCACAGCAGUAAUCCGGAGGCCAGGUGUGACUUCUUCAAAUGGGUGGACCAUAAGAAAAAGUGAAUUGAUUAUUCAUACAUGCAUACUGUUUUCUAAUAAAUGGAUACUAUUUUUUACCAUAAAAAGAUGAAUUUUUA